GCGUGCUCCCCAAUCACAUUCGACAUUUAUUAUGUAUUGCCACACCGCUGGAAAUAUUCAUCCUUGGAAUGACUUAUUCCGUCAACCGGAGCGGUAACCAAUCCAGCCAGUCAGUACCGCAAGUUAUGCCAGAUCCACUCUACUGUUUGCCCACGGACAACCUCACUUUGGUUUGUUUCGAGGCAACCGAAAACGGAAGAAUCUUUUUCGGUACCCAAGAAGGCUCGUUACUAGAGCUGGACUAUGGUCCUAUUCCUGGAUGGAAUGGGGACUGUGUUCACCCUCUCCCCAAUGGUCGAACUGGACCGUGCACGCUUGUUAAUCAUUCAACAUCCGCUCUCAGCAUACUCCUUCCUUCGCUACUCACCUCCGGCUUCCGGUCUAUAGAUCCUAUCCACCAGCUGGCCUGUGAUCCCGUUCGGCAUCUGAUGUACUCACGCACGGAGGAUUCAAAUCUGACUGUGUACGAUUAUGCCGGAAAGACAGGUGCGGUUUCAAUGCGCAGUCCGUUUUCCCGGCUGGCUCACCUCUCCGGUGCCGAUCUGGCAUACAGCGCCUCCUCCGUGGUCCGAUCGGUUGACAAGAGCCAAUUCCGCAGCAUUGUGUCAAUCAUUCCACUGUCCAGUGGCUUCUGUCACCUGAUGGCUGUAACCAAAACAGGCAUCCGGUUGUACUUUGGCGAACAUCUACGUCUUCUACACAUUCGGUUACCACCGGCAUCCCCGUACGGGCGUGGGGGACUAGGUGAGGUGAAAUUGGUCGCCGAGACUCGUGGCACUGUGGUGUUCAUCUCAACUCUUCCACCCGACGUCAGUCCGAAUUCGUUUACGCGCGCUGCUUCUUCUUCACUGGGUGCACUCCAGCCGACGCCCAUUGGAUCCUUGCCCGGUGGACCCGUUGAUUCAUUUGCUCAAGCGACGGAUGAAAAUUUGUCUAUCUUUGGCACGAAACCCCAUGUGAUGCAUACCAUGAGUCCAGAUCCUUACCCUUGGACACCAAAUUUAACUGAGGUGUCACAUUCGGCUUGGUGUGUGAAUGGCGUCUGGGCACUGACUGUGUUGCCGUGCCGUGACCAACAAUUGGAUGUGGUGGAUGAUUUGUCUGGUCGACCCAUUUCAACAAGUGGCAAAACUUCUGAUCUCACUUGCCGACUUCGUGGAGAGCCUCCCGUCGUUCUAACGCAGCAUCUUGAUCCAGCAUAUCGCCGUCUGUUGCUCAUCUCCGCCCAGGGCCUUGUUCACUUUCGCCUUCCCAGCCCGUUGGUUCGGUUGAAAAAUUAUUUGACACGGGAAAUAUCCUCGCGCUCCCUCAACAAUUGCAUAACAGCAGACGGUUUACUGGAUUCUUAUGUCGGUAGUCCCCUUCGUUUGCUCGCCCCGCAGGUGGACGCAUCAACCGGAGAGGCGACGGGACCCAAUGCACUCUUCCUCUCGUCGUUUCUGCACCAAUUCAGUCCGGAUGAGGCAAUUUGUGCAGCACUCGUCAUCGGGGCCUCUCAGUCUGACUGGAAUGGUGCGAGCCCUUCGGGCGUGGAUCUUGGUGUAGAACAGGCUGUCCUAUAUUUUGCCGCGCAAGCAGCCCAGUUUUGGAUCCCUGCUGUAAAGCGCCCCAACUUGGACACAAACCUGGGAUAUCGUCCUCUUCGCUCUUCCCAAUAUUUGACGCCUGCAACCUCCCAUCCUCAGUCGGUGGACAAAACGCUCUCCAGUGGUCUUUUCCUCUUCAACGGCCUAUGCAUGUUCCUCGCUCGGAUGGGCCGCACGUUUUGGCGAAGUCCAUUGUUCCGAGACGCAGGUGCUCUUUUCACCGACCAACAGAACCCCGGAUCCCAUGAGUCUCGUGGGCUUCGUUCGUGGAUGCACACGUUUGUCAGCGUGCUCGCUUCUGCCUCUCCUUUGCGAACUGCUCGUACCGCGACUGAAACAAAGCUGCCAAUCAUUUCCCGUUUGGAUUCUGGUGAAAUCAUAUGGCUCAUUCAACAGAUCAGCUUCCUGCAAAAGUUCCUUCGACGUCAGUUGGACGUUCGUGGGGGUUGGCUACGCGCUACCGUCACAUCACCAACCAAAUUUGGUGGGGACACUCCGGGAGGCGGUGAUCGGAGCGCACAUGUUGAUAUGGUGCUACUCCAGCGACUAGCCGAGGAUUUGGACAAACUUUUAUCCAACAUUUUAGAAAUUUUAUCCUUCUGGUGCGUGUUAAGCGAGCAUGCAAUCCACAAAGUCGUCGAACGUAUGACCAACGAGCAACGGAAUCUCCUGCUCCAGGUACCAUUUGAGACAUAUGCUCUGAGUCUGAGUGAUUCCUCCUACAUCUCCGAUCCCUCGAUUGCUUGGAAAGAUCGCACCUCCCCUACAGCUACUACAGCCCAGCUGGGCACCGCGAGCAGGGGUUUGGAACUCAUCUCCGCUCUCAUCAAUGCUUUAAUCGACUACUACUUGAUCGAGAGCGAACAAGAUCUUGACAGUGGCAUCAACUUGGAUGGAAUCACGGCGCGUCUCCAAGCUGCCUGUCCCACUCUGUUUGCGAACGAGGAUGCCAUGACGGCCAAGGCUAGUGAGUGUUUGAUACAGGCCAACUUAUUGCGAUCUACGUUGGUUUCCGAGCACGGCAUCAGCCGUACGGAGCUAUCGCUGUCGGAACCAGUUUCACAAGACUUACUUUCCCAGGUGGAUAAGCUCGUUACCCAAGCGCUGGAACUGUACCAUGAAGCAGGCCCGGCCAUUGAUCUUGACAGCACCGUACAACGCUUGGAAUCUGUCGGAUCCUGGCGAGGCGCGGUCGCUUUGUGUUUGGCGGUAGCCUCCAAGCGGGAUCCAAAUAACAUUGCCGUGGAAUGUCUGAAAACCGGACGUCGUCCCUCCUCGGAACCGCUGCACCCCGGUGGGAAAGUUGGCCGAUUGAAUCGCCGCCAGGCAUUUGCUCAUUCGGAAUUGGCCGCCACCGAAGGGCGAUACGACGCAUACCAUCAGUUAGUGCGAUGCAUCGAACAUCUGUGGGAGUUGACACAUCUUCCCCCUAGCAACGUCGAUCUGCUCAAUCAGACUUCUGCGUCAUCCAAACUUGAUGGUACAGGCGCACGUGAUCUUGGGGCGCAAGCACCAUCAUCAGGCGUGCAUAUGGCCGAGCUGAACCUAACCCCCUCAUCUGCUCGUUCCUUACUAAUGACCAUACUUCGAGAUAUCAUUCAGUCUGAUGAUAUCUUGGCGCACUUCGAAGUUCUUGGAUGGCUUCUAGCUCAUCGGUUAACGGACACAGCCAUUGGCCUAAAUUCUCCGCACCUAGAGGCUUAUUUGCGUUCGCGCCUGCGUCAGACUCCAGACGAUCCUGAUUUGCGAUCUCUUCUAUGGUGUACACUAGAGCGUCGUGGAGCCAGACUUGAAGCUGCCCAGGUGUUGGAGCAUCUUGCGGUCACUCCUUGCCGUCAGCUCACUUUGGACGCACGACUGGAUUUUCUGUCAAGAGCGAUCGUUUCGGUAAAAGCUUUGCCAGCCGGACAGCAAAAUUUGGACUACUUGCAUGAUUUAGAAUCACGGCUCGAACUGGCUCAACUGCAACAACAGCUCCAUGUCGAAUUGAGCCAUCUCUCCUCUCCUACGUCACCCACCUCUCUCCGCAUGCGGUCUCCUCGUGGACCCACUGAUGGCGACUUGUCAGAUGCUCUGUAUAGACUCAGCCACGGUCCUUUACUCUCCUUGAGUGAUAUGUUCACUGAUUAUGCGGAUAAAUUCGGUUUACACGAAUCCAAAUUGGCUCUCCUGUGGACCGGGGAUUCUGAUGAUGAGGCUCUCAUCACAGCAAUAUGGCGUGAUUUAUUGCGUCACGUUCUUUACCAUGGAAAUAAAGACACAUCUUUUCAAGUAACUUCUUCGUCUCCACGGGGAACGGUGUCGGAAGCUGGUCGACAGAACUCUGCAGAGUCUUCUCGUCGCCUAACCGAGAUCGCUUUGGUUGAUUGCCUCUCGCGUUUAUGGUCUCGUUUUGCUCCUGACAAUCGUGUAUCGUCCACCAAGUCGCAACUCUUCUUCCCACUUCUUGAAAUCGUUUCCACUCUGGAAUAUCACGCAAUCCGACAGAGAUUACCUACCGACUGGGUCCCCACCGUAUUACGUGACGCUCGUUUGACCUGCAGUGCUAGCGCCUUGGAUGCUUACGAUUCGCUGCUACAUUCCAAGGACAAACUUUGGCGCCAUUCUGAAGUGCGUGACCGCCUGUUUGUCGCGUUCGUCACAGUGAUUGAAGACUUUCUGAGCACAGUAUCCGUCCAACUGCCGAUGCGACAGCGUAUGCUUCAGACUGGCCGCAUCUUGGACUGUGUCAUAAGCAACCUGGUGGACUUAAAUGCGAAUCCCCUCAAGGCGGACGAGGAGACUUCCAAGGGUGUACGUGCUCCCAGUGUGAUUGAUCGCCUUCGUCAGGUACACGAUCAGUUACAACGGUUUUACCGAUGAUGCGGAUGAUAUGAGGUGCUGAAAAUCCUAGGCAUCCGUCACUGUGUGCAAGCUGUUUCUCUUCACUGUAAAUUCUCUUCUUGUAUGUAACAUUGUUACAAGUGUUUGCAGAUUACAUUCCCCUUCAAUUUCGAUC